UCUUAAUGGGACGUACCGAUGCGCACCCGCUGAGCUACCAGAAGGUUCCGCUGUGCCGCCGCCGGAGGAUCCCGGGAAGGUCCCCGCCGAGCCCCGGGAGGGUCCCCGCCGAGCCGCCGCCGGAGGAUCCGGGGAGGUCCCCGCUGAGUCCCCGGAGGGUCUGAGCCGCUGCCGGUGAGGCCCCGCCGAGCCCCGGUAAGUCCCCGCUGAGCCCCGGGAGGGUCCCUGCCGAGCCGCCGCCGGUGAGUCCCGCGGAGCCCCGGGAGGGUCCCUGCCGAGCCGCCGCCGGUGAGUCCCGCGGAGCCCCGGGAGGGUCCCUGCCGAGCCGCCGCCGGUGAGUCCCGCGGAGCCCCGGGAGGGUCCCUGCCGAGCCGCCGCCGGUGAGUCCCGCGGAGCCCCGGGAGGGUCCCUGCCGAGCCGCCGCCGGUGAGUCCCGCUGAGCCCCGGGAGGGUCCCUGCCGAGCCGCCGCCGGUGAGUCCCGCUGAGCCCCGGGAGGGUCCUCGCUGUGCCGCCGCCGGUGGGUCCCCGCUGAGCCCCGGUAAGUCCCCGCCGAGCCCCGGGAGGGUCCCCGCUGUGCCACCCCCGGUGAGUCCCGCUAAGCCGCCGCCGGAGGGUCCCGGGAAGGUCCCCGCUGAGCCCCCACAGGGUCUGAGCCGCUGCCGGUGAGUCCCAGCUGCGUUCCCGCUGAGCCGCCGCCGGAGAGUCCCGGUGAGUCCCCGCCGAGCCCCGAAGGGUCCUCGCUGUGCCACCACCGGUGAGUCCCGCUGAGCCCCAGCUGCGUUCCCGCUGAGCUGCCGCCGGAGGGUCCUGGUGAGCCCCCGGAGGGUCCUCGCCGAGCCGCCGCCGGUGAGUCCCGCUGAGCCCCGGGAAGGUCCCCGCUGAGCCGCCGCCGGAGGGUCCCGCUGAGCCCCAGCUGCGUUCCCGCUGAGCCGCCGCCGGAGGGUCCCGCUGAGCCCCAGCUGCGUUCCCGCUGAGCCGCCGCCGGAGGGUCCUGCUGAGCCCCAGCUGCGUUCCCGCUGAGCCGCCGCCGGAGGGUCCCGCUGAGCCCCAGCUGCGUUCCCGCUGAGCCGCCGCCGGAGGGUCCCGCGCUGCCCCGCCCCCCGCACGGAGCGGGCCUUGAUGGGAGAUGACGACCAGGAGAACAGGAGCAGCGUCUCCAGCAACCUGUUUGCCACCGUUUAGAAGCAGCAGCAGCAGCUGACAGUCCAUCUGAAGGCCGAAGGAAGGCCUCAGGGUGGGACAGGGAUGGCAGAGGGUGCCUGUCCUGUGAAGCCUCCUGCCUUACCCCAGAAGGCUGGGCCUCAGCAGGCCUCCAGAGACCCAGGAUGGAGGGUCUCAGUCCACACAAACUGUGGGGAAAACCACCAGAGAGAGCAGGUGUGCUGCUGUGGGAGCGUGUGCAGGAAGCUGCCUUGCUGCUCCCCACUGCCUGUGGCAGCACUGCCAGGAGCGACUACACCCUGGAAACCUUUUACCUCUGCUCCUGGGAAAGAUCAGAGGUCAACUGGUGCUUCAUCAGAGAGCAGAAAAGUAAUAGACCAGAAUCAGCACCCCAAAGGUGAUGAGAAGAUCUGCAGUGAUGAUCCCUGUCACUGCCAAGGUAUCCAGCUCCUCACAGUUUGCACACACUGCCAGCAGGAGAGGUGAAGGAGCUCAGAGAUGGACACUCUCUUUGCAGCCCAUAGCCCAACUACUUUUCCACUCACCUCUGGCAUUCAGUUACCUGCCAGGUUAUGCUCUCGUCAGUCAAGGGACAUGUGAUUGUCACCGUGGUUCCAGAAAUCUCCACCACGAAGUCUUUAUGGGAAGAUGGGACAAGAAGGGAAAGCAGCAUUACCAACAGCUUCUGAGCAGUGUUUCCUGCCCACCCUUGAUCCCACCAUGGCAGAUUGCUCUACAAAACCUUCGAUUUCAUGCCCUCACUUGUAAGACACAGUUGGUCUUUUGAUGGUAGUGAAUACUCAAGAAUGCUGAUAAGACACUUACCCUGCUGAGCUGCUGUGCCAACUGCAAAAGAAAGCAUAGUAAGAGCAGCCCUGGGCAGGUCCCGGUGGGCUCCAGCCAGCUGUACUCACCCACACAGAGCAGGAGGCCCAGCAGAGGCAAGGACAGCUCCGACCUCAUCCUGCCGUUCCAACUCAUCUCGCUCUCCUCAGAUGGGCAUCACGGAGGCCGGCUGCCAGAGAAGAAAGAACACAUCAGCUUUGCAAGUUCCAUUUACAAGAAGAGAGGCUCAGGCUGUUUUCCCAGAACUGUGUGUGGCAACGGACCGAGCAGUGCUGGGGAGACGCGUUUCCAGUGCCAGCUGCAGCAGGCCAGGCACAGGGAACGUGGCUGCUGAAGUGAGCCCGGGCCAGGAAGUGCGGAGGCUCAAACGUCUUCAGCCCACGUCACUGACAACGAGGGGUGGCUGCUCUGUGGGGUGGCUGCUCUGCACCGGCCCCGUUCGCCUCUCAGGAGACCUGUUCCAACUGCCCCAGGAGCAGCAGGAGAGGUACAUGAGCCUGGAUGCCACUUGCUGUCGGGACCUGUCUAACAACAUUUCAAAGCAAAGUGUCUCUGAAGUUCAAGCGCUGCCCUCCAGACAGGCCCUCGAUGACGUGCUGUGCAGCCUUCGUACCCAUGUUACAAAUGGUACCCACCACAAAAUCAUCUUUAUUUCUUUGCAUCACCUUGAUAUCUGCCUUCUUCCCAGUCUAGCAGCCCAUGCCCUGAGCUGUGCUGGCCGCACCUCGCCUUUCAGGGUGAGGGCAGGGAGUGCUCUCUGACUCAAGCAGAAAGGAGUUUGCCUCGCAGGCCAAGCUGAAGGGAAUUUGCUCUGCUGUGCUGGGAAGGCUUUGAGAAACUCCUCUUUCAUCUGGUUAUCAAGAACACAGACCGAAUUUCUGGUUCAGGUGCCGCUCAACCUGCGGAGCACGGACUUGUCUUCCCGAUGCGCGGCCCCAGCUGGCUGGGUGCUGUGCUCCUCCUGGGGCUACAGCUCCGAGCACUGUGGCCUGUGGCAGCCGUGGAAGUUCACACUUCCAAGGAGGUGGAUGCUGUGAAUGGCACUAACCUUCGGUUAAGAUGCACCUUUUCCAGCAGCAGCCCUAUCAGCCAGCAGCUGUCUGUGACCUGGAACUUCCAGCCCGAGGACCUGAGCGCUCAUGAGCCAGUGUUUUAUUACCUGAAGGAGCCCUACAAGCUGUCUGCUGGACGCUUUAAGGAGCGAGUCACCUGGGAUGGGAAUAUCGAGCGCAAUGACGUUUCCAUCAUCAUCUGGAACCUGCAGCCCACUGACAACGGGACGUUCACCUGCCAGGUGAAGAACCCCCCAGAUGUCGAUGGCAAAAUUGGUGAAGUGCGCCUCAGAGUUGUGCAGAAAGUGCACUUCUCAGAAGUCCACUUCCUGGCGGUGGCCAUUGGGUCUGCCUGUGUCCUGAUGAUCAUCGUGGUGACAGUUGUGAUUGUCUGUCGUCACCGGCGGAAGAAAGCACAAGAGAAGAGGCUCAAGGCGGCAGACACUGAACUCAGAGAAAAGGAGAAACUGAAGGUUAAAGAAAAGGAAGCCAUUCCAUUAGAAGACUAGAGGUGUUUGGUGUAUACGACACAGGUACUUGUAAAGCAGCUGGUGAAAGCUUGUAAUUUGGGAUGUUUGAACAAAGCUGAACUACAGAUGCCUCACGCUGCAAGCGUGGUAUCCCUGCUCAACCUGAAAUUCUUGCAAUGGAUGAGAAUGACGUGAAGUUGUGAAUUUCCUUCAGUCAGUGAGGCAAAGGGGGAGGAACUCCCACAAACAAGGAACUGUUUUGAAUCUUCACACCUGCACAAUGUGUAGAAAGCUCCUCUGAAGAUGGAAAAAUGCCCAAAGACUUGAACAAACUGCCACAGUGGCUGACUGAACAGAGUCUUUCAAAAUGUGUGAGCAGACCUGCUCAUGGACCUUAAAAAUUGCAAGGUGCCCUAUUUUUCCUCCCUCAGAAUCCUCUUUGACACCAUAACAGCAGGACUGUGUGAGGGACGAGAGCAGCAGCAGCCACUUGCUACACUGUAAAGCUCUUUGCUACUUUAACUGGGAAGUAUUACAGUUGGGGAACGCUGUUACUAGGGAUAAUGUUUACUGGGGGCUGUGUUUCAUAUUGCUCUCUUGCAGUUUCAGUAGUCAUUGUACAUAUGGCAGCUGAAGCCCCUGCCUGCUGCUGUGCAGUGCCCGGCCCUGUGCUGCGGCCGCUCUCCUUUUCCCCCUCCUGCUCUGCCAUAUGUCCCUUGGCCUUGCCCCACGUACAAUGGAGCCACACACUGUGCUGCUUUCCCCUGCUCAGCAGCAUUGCCACAAGUCUUAGGCACCCCAAAUCUUUGGCUGGCAGGGGCUGCUGGAGUCCGGCUCCCGGGUCUGCCCUGAAGCCGUGCUGCGCCUGUCCCGCCGCUGUGGGCCGGGGUAGUCAUUCCAUGGCUGCCAGCGUGGUAUUGGCCUUCCACCACCAGCACCCCUGUCUCUUUGGGUGCUGUUUAUCGCCCCGGUGCCCACCAGCCCACCUUGCCUCUGUGUUUGAUGUGCUUCCUUAGCCCAGACCCCGUGCUUCCAUCUGUCUGACCUCUGUAAGCCACCUGAGGCCCCAGCUCUUUGCCAGGGCCGAGCUGUUACAGCCCUUAACCAGCACCCACUCCAAACGCCAACCUCCCCGCUUCGCCGCUGUCUGUAUGAUGCAAUGUGCUGGCCGCAUUAUCUGUUUGUGUAGCUUCGUACGGGACCACGAACGUUAAAUAAAUGUACCUGGUGGAGCGCA